AUGGAAUUUUCAAUUAUCGAAAUAAUCAAGCUUUUCCAAAAUUUACCAUUCCUUCAAAAUCUUUAUCUGAGUUAUAAUCAAAUUAAUAAAAUUCCACAUGAUCUAUUUGAAGAUGUAACAAAUCUCGAGGUACUUGAUCUUAAUCAUAAUAAUUUGAAGUUUUUGGACGAGACAAUAUUUAAAAAUCUAGGGAACCUAAAACGUUUGUACUUGGCCUAUAAUCGAUUAGAAAUUAUUCAGAUAAAUUUACUUCGAAAUUCACAAUAUUUAGAGACAUUAGCCCAGCUGGGAGAUCUCAGUCACAAUAAAUUGACAACUUUGGAUGAGAGACUUUUUCAAAAUGUAUGUUUUCUCAAACACUUGCAUCUAAAUUACAAUCAGAUAGAAGAAAACUGUGUUAGAUUAUCUGUUGAUAUGGGCAUGGUUAACGCAUUUCGACGUCUCCGUCUUGUUAAACGAUUAUGGAAACACACGCAAUGUAAAGUCAAGGAGAGUCCAGAAUAG